AGAGAGGGAGGGAGAGAGAGAGAGUCCUCCUCCUUCUUUGCUCUUUCUCCUUUUUUUCCCCAGAUCCAGUGAAACAAUGAUAUUCUCAACUCACUUACCAAAUUUCCCUAGAUUGAAAUGAUUGCCCCCAAAUUCAAGCCAUUUAAUUUCCUGUUCCAGGGUUUAAAUUUCUUCACCCAAACCAUUUACUCCUAUUUUUUUUUUCGGAAGGUCCAUUUACUCCGAUUUUACAUUUCUCUAUCUUCUGCUAUUUUGAAACUCUAGAAAUUUGAGAACCUUUAGUUUUGCAAAUGGCGACCAGGGGCGGCAGAUCAGAGAAGGUGAAGAGAAUAUUCCAGCAAUUCGACGCCAAUGGAGAUGGUGGUUUGAGCCGACAAGAAAUGGCUGUUUUGGUGGUCGCCGUAAACCCUAGAGUGAAGUUCAGCGACGAGCAAAUCAAUGCUAUUCUCGACGAAGUCUUCCGAACCUAUGGCGAAUUCAUCGACGGCGAGAAGGGUCUCACCUUCGACGGCCUUCUGCGUACCUACGACGACGGUGCUGGGGACGUGGACCGCGACUUCGAUGCACUUGCCCUUGAGCUCAACAAAGACAAUAACAACAAUACUAUUACUAUGGCCUCUGAAGAGGCCUCGUCGUCAAUUGCCGAUGAAAGAGUAACUGACCCCCACAACACACAGCGGACUGCGGCUUGGGCGGCCUCGCCGAAUCAUGGGAUUGUUUUUGAUGAUACGUGGAAACUGGUUGAUGAUUUGGAGAUUCUAAUAAAGACAUUGAAGGCGAAGCAGGUUAAAGAUGGCAAGUUUAAGGGUGACACCAGUGAUAUGUAUUCGGAGCCGGGGUGGUCUAGAGAAUUAGGACCACCCGCGGAGAUUUCGGAUAAAGGGGUGAUUUGGGAUGAGUCUGGACAUGACUAUGCUGUGUUUGUGAAAGAAUUGGGUGUGUUGAGGUCAAGGGCUGAUGGGGCAAGGUCAAGAGAAGAAGCUUUUGAUGGGCAUAUGGCGAUUGGUAGGGUUUUGUAUGAGCAUCUCUUGUUUAAGGAGGCUUUGGUGAGUUUCAAGAGGGCGUGUGAAUUACAACCUAGUGAUCUGAGGCCACAUUUUAGAGCCGGGAAUUGUUUAUAUGUUCUUGGAAAGCAAAGGGAGGCAAAAGAAGAGUUUUUGUUGGCAUUGGAGACGGCGGAGGGUGGUGGGAAUCGAUGGGCUUACUUGCUUCCCCAGAUUCAUGUUAAUUUGGGAAUUGCGCUUGAAGGCGAAGGUAUGGUUAUUAGUGCUUGUGAACAUUAUAGAGAGGCUGCAAUUUUAUGUCCAACUCAUUUUAGGGCUUUGAAACUUUUGGGCAGUGCUCUUUUUGGGGUGGGUGAAUAUAGGGCAGCCGUCAAGGCCUUAGAAGAAGCUAUCUAUAUGAAAAAUGAUUAUGCUGAUGCGCAUUGUGAUUUGGCUUCAGCUUUGCAUGCUGUGAGUGAUGAUGAUAAUGCAAUUAAGGAGUUCCAGAAAGCAAUUGAUUUGAAGCCUUGUCAUGUAGAUGCUUUGUACAAUUUAGGUGGGCUUUAUAUGGAUAUGGGUAGGUAUCAGAGAGCUUCUGAAAUGUAUACUAGGGUUUUGGGUGUUUGCCCAAACCAUUGGCAAGCGCAACUCAAUAAGGCAGUGUCUUUGUUAGGGGCUGGGGAACCUGAGGAAGCUAAGAAAGCUUUGAAGGAAGCUUUGAGAAUGACUAACAGGGUUGAAUUGCAUGAUGCCAUAUCACACUUGAAGCAGCUUCAGAAGAAGAGGUUGAAGGGGAAUGGGGGUGGUAAUGGAGAGGAAGCUUUUAUUAUCGUGGAAUCCUUGAAGUUCAAGACAGUGGGCGAAAGGACUACAAUAAGGCAGGAAUUAGCAACUGCCCUUGACAUUAGGGCUUUUCAGAGGAUCACCAGGUUGAAUCGUUGUGAUGUUGACUUUCUAAAGAAGGAGAUGGAUGAAAAUGAUGUGCCGGUGUCCUAUUCUGAUAGCGGUGUUCCUGAGAAGUCUAUACGGAAGGCUUCAUUGGAGGGAAUUCUUCACAAGUUACUUAGUUUCUUAAAACCCGAAACCUUUGUAGGGGCUGUUAAAGCUAUAAAUCAGAAAAUCCUUUCUAUUUUGGAUGAGUCAGAGUCGGGUAGACUGGAUUUGGGCAUGUUUUUUGCCGUUCUUGCGCCUAUUUUUGGUGGUCCACCAGAUAGGCGAAAGAGGGUUGCAUUUGAUGCACUCUUAUGGCGGCCUGUGAAUGAAGGUGGUAGUUCCCAGAUUAGGAAAGCUGAUGCUUUGGGGUACAUGAAAUUGUUUAGAGCCAUCUAUUUACCUUCUCAUGGGGUUAGUGAAAUGCUGGAAGUCCAUGGAGAGGCAGAUACCUCAAUGUUAUCUUUGACAGAGUUCCUCAUAAUGUUCGAUGAUUUAGACUCAGGUUUUGGCAUCAUGUCUAUCCUACUGAAGCUUGAAACAGGGGAUAGAAAUCGUCAUGGGAGCCAUGUUUGUGCAAUUUGCCGCUACCCUAUCAUUGGUUCCCGAUUUAAGGAGAUGAAGCUGAACUUCAGUCUGUGUAGUCGAUGUUACAGUGAAGGAAAAGUGCCUCCUAGCUUCAAGCGGGAAGAGUACAAAUUCAAAGAGUAUGCAUGCGAGGCUGAAGCAGUGAAAGAUAAGUGCAUGUGGUUUGGUUUGCAUUCUAAAAGCUCCUCCCCUAGUGAUCCUUAG